AUAUGUAAAUUUAAAGUUAUACAGUUUUGCAAGUUGAUAAUUUUGGCCCUAUUCCGUGGUUUUGACAAUAUUUAUUCUUCAUGGUGAUGUUGACUAAUUGUCAGUGGCCAUUGGAUUGUAUUGUAAGCUUGUUGUUUAAACUGUCUUGUUUUUGUUUGUAAUACCUCAUUAUUGUUUACUUACCUUUUAUUCUUACUGUGGUAAGCAUAUGUGGCCUAUUUGAUUUGUUCUCUUUUGCAAUUAGCUGAAAUUUUCUCUGUGGCUGACUGCAAAGUCAUAUGCGAUGGAUGCAAUGGGUAUACUGAAGUCUCUACAAUUGGAAUAAAUGGGGAUAGAAAGUCUCUACAUUUUGGAUCAAGGGAAUCUGGCCUCCUAGGAAGAAGGCCAGACUCAGGGACCAUGCCCUGCCCCCCAGUGCUCCAAAGCCCCACCCACUCCGAACAUUGAGGCUGCAGCACUUUCUCAGCCCUGGCUGUCUUGCUGCACUUCUGUCUCCUUCACCCUCCUGCCUUCACUUCUGCCAAAACAUAAAGUCGGCUUCCCACUUUAAAUGGAUAGCUGAUAAGUUCUUAAUAUGUUCUUGAAAGUACUGUGUGGCCAGUGCCCGAACACUCUGCGCCUCCCUCCAGUGACAGUUUAUUUUUGUCACAUCAUGGAUUGUUGCAGAUUUUCAUAUUGAAUCAUCUCCCAUUUUAUGUAUCUGACUGACAGCUCUGUCCUCCCUGCUGGGUGACUCACAGAGGAAGAGAGGAGGAGACAGUGCCCAGAAUCCAGCCGUCACCCUCAGACUCUUAAACAGCUCUCCAGUUCCUCAGACACUUCAAGUCACCCUAGAAGGCAGAAGGUUCAAAUUCUUCCUCACGAUACAUGCAUACAAGUAGCAGAGAGCAAAGCUUGGUAACCCCCUUGGCACUGCCUGCCUCUGGGAUGCUGAAGGCAUUCUCGUUCCUGUGCAUUGCAGAGAAGAUUCAAAUUUCUAGAGUUUGUAAGCUUUGGAAGAUGCUAGUUGAACAUUCUGCACUUUGGAGACAUGGAACUGACACCUUACAGGCUUUGCCUGCUUAAUGCUUGGACCGCCUGUGAGUGAAAACCCAGAGAAAGACAGCUUCCAACUGAGUUAUUGACAAUGCAGCCACUGGAAUCAGUGACGUUUGAAGAUGUAGCUAUAGACUUCACCCAGGAAGAGUGGGCCCUGCUGGACACAUCCCAGAGAAAGCUGUACAGAGAUGUGAUGCUGGAGAACGUCAGUCAUCUGGUCUCCAUGGGGUAUCAGCAUUGCAAAUCAGACGUGAUUUUCCACUUGGAGCAAGAAGAGCUGUGGAGUGAAGGAACAGGAUUUCUCCAAGGCCAGAGUCCAGGCAGGGAGAGUGGCCUUAAAGAACAAGAAAUGAUAGACACACAGCAUAUCAGCAGGAAGGGCUCAUCUGCAAACAUGCCAAUGCAGAAAUCUCACACUCCAGAGGAUCCCUUUGAACGUAAUGAUUUGGGAGAAGAUUUCACUCAUAGCUCCAUGUUGACUCAACAUUCGUUAACUCACAUGGAAAAGAAACCCUGUAUCAGCAAACUGUGUCAAAAAUCCCUUAGUGACCAGUCAUGCUUGAAUCAACAUAAGCAGAUUCUCUCUAGAGGUAAAUCCUGUGAGUGCCAUCUGUGUGGGAAAGCCUUUAGUAACUGCUCUAGCCUUAGACGACAUGAGAUGACUCACACUGGAGAGAAACCGUACGAAUGCCAUAUCUGCGGGAAUGCCUUUAUUCAAAGCUCUGACCUUAGAAAACACAAUCUAACUCACACUGGAGAGAAACCAUAUGAAUGUCACCUCUGUGGGAAAGCCUUCAGUCAGUCGUCUAACCUCAGACAGCAUGAGAGAACGCACACUGGCGAGCAGCCAUAUGAGUGUCAUCUAUGUGGGAAAGCCUUCAGUAAAUGUUCUGCCCUUAGACGACAUGAGAGAACUCACACUGGAGAGAAACCAUAUGAAUGUCAGCUGUGUGGGAAAUCCUUCAGUCAGUGUUCUGCCCUUAGACGACAUGAGGGAACCCACAAUGGAGAGAGAAUCAUGAAUGCCCUCAGUAAAUAUUCUGACCUGAGAUGACAUGGUAUUAUGAUUGUAAUGAAUGUAGAAGAAACAUCAAUCAUAGCUUUAACAUUGAAACACAUCAGAGGACUUACACAUUGAAGAAACACUGUAAUCAAUGUGGAAGAUCCUUCAGUCAUCCUUUCAAUGCUCAAAUUUAUAUGGAAGAGAAUCCAUAUGUGUGAGAAAACCUUCUGUCAGUGGUCUUACCAUAGAUGACUUGAGAGAACUCACACUGUAAAUAUAAGGAAUGUAGAUAUUUUAACCAACAGCCCUAAACUUUAAACACACUAGAGGACUCACACGGGGAGGACCCCUGGGUCUGUGGUCAGUGUGGGAAUACUCUCGUUUAUAAUUUAUGGUUAAACAACAUGAGCAGACUCCACUUGGGAGAACUCCUAGGCCUGUAAUCAUUGUGAACAAAUAUGCAGCCAAGUACCAGGCAUAGUGAGCACAGGAAAACUCAGUGAAAGAAUAAACACUAAAAGAGGAUGUGGGAGGAUGAAGCCUCUUUGGGAAUAUCAACUAAUUCAUACUGAAGAGGCAAUUCAAUGAGAAAUCAUGAGAAACCCGUAAUUUGUAGACAAGUGAUUCACUGAGAAAUCAUGAGAAACCCUUUAGUCAUAGGGUGACAUUUAUGGCCCAUGUGAGAAUUCAGAUAUGCCAAACACUCUCAAGGUCCUGAAAGAAGGAAAGUCUUCAAAGAUCACUCAUUUCAUACACAGGUAACAGUGAAGUUCUACACUGAGUGACAGCAAUCCUAAAAUCACAGUGGAGAAAGCUGCAGCUGAAUUUCACAUCAGAAAACAAGUCUAGGAGAAAAGAAAAAGUGUGGGAGAGUCUUUUAGCAUACAGAUAACACAGAAUUUUGAGAAAAUAUUCAUAGGAAAAAUUCGGCAUAUAAAUACAAGAUAGUAAAGCGAUCUGGGAUGACUGAAUACCGAAUUUUGUAAGAAAUUAAUAGAUUAUUACUUGUAAAUAUUUAAACAAUAAACAGCACUGUUGAAAAGUCUCA